AUGUCCGAGUACAAGAAGACCGUGGGCGGAAAGCUAAAGCUCAAGGGCGGGCUCGCGCUAACAGCCAAGAAGACCAAGAAGACGAAGAAGCGGAAGGCCGAGACCGCGCAGAGCAACGACGAGGACGGCGCGGACGGUGACCGCGAUGACUUCCAGCUCGUGAAGCUCCAAGGCACCGGGCGUAUCCUGACGUCUGGCACCACCGUCAUGGGCAAGAUGGGUACGCGCUUCGCGAGCGAGCUCUCGGUCGGCGAUGCAAUGAUGAUCAUGCACCCGACGAGUCUCCAAGAAGAGACGCGCAUCGUCAAGAUGGUGCUCAGCGACGUCUCUGUCUCGAUCAGUUCCGCAUUCAGCUCGGACCUCGUGUCCACUACGACGUUCCACUACAUCAAGGCGCCUCCGGACGAAGACGAGAAGGAGAAAAAAGAGCGGGCCAAAAAGAAAUCCAAGUCGGACGAAGAAGGCUUUGCUUUUGGGACAUAUGCGGGUGGCACCACGGCGGGCAGCCAGUAUACGUACCGCGUCAAGAAGAGCGGCGUGUACGGCGGGUACGCCGUCAUGAAGGAGACGGCCGACGCCAACCGAUCACGAGAAGAGCUCUUGGACUUGCGCGCCAAGAUGAAGGGCGAUCGGCACUGCAAUUAG